AUGACAGCAAAAGCCAAGCUUUUGCACUGGUCAGAUGGAAAAUUUCGCGAACGACCGGAGGAGUUUACCCUCACUGAACAUCCGAGGUUGACCCGCAGUGACCCACGGGCCUGGAUGACCUCCGCGACCCCCGCGUACUCACCCGCUGGUGACCACUACCACACGUCGGUCGAUGCCGCCAUGGACAAGUACAUGUCUGGAGUCAGCAGUCCUUUGACAGCGGAAUCUGAUCUGGGAGGAUCUAAAGCACACGGUGGGACCAAGCAAAAUCUCACCGGCCCUCAAAGACACAGACGUGUGGCCGCUAAUUCGAGAGAAAGGCGGCGGAUGCACGGACUGAACCGGGCAUUUGACAAACUGAGGAGCGUCAUUCCUUCCUUGGAGAACGAGAAAAAACUGUCUAAAUAUGACACCCUUCAGUUGGCGCAGAUUUACAUCACAGAACUGUCCGAGUUGUUGGAAGGUGGAGUGCAGUCGGAGUGCAGAGGUCUGCAGGACGGAUGCGGCGCGUCUGGUAACCAUGGUAACCUCGGACAGAGGAGUUCGUCUCAGACUUUGAGGACCAGCAUCCCUUAUGCAAUGGACGCACCUUCUAAUUUUGUUUCCGAGAAAAAUAAUGUCACGUCCAAUGCGAGUGAUGGCGAAUCGUCCCAUUUCAGCGACAUCGAAGAAGGACAGUCUGGUGGACGCUGA